UUAAGGUUUGGCAACAAGCAGAGAGAAAAAAUAAUAAGUAAAAUUAUAAAAUUAAUAAAAAGCAGAAAAGAAAAUCUAUACAAUUUUCGUACAAAAAUUACUCUCAAGUGAAACUCAAAAUUUAUAUUUUAACAGUAUUAAUUAAUUAAUGUGCAGUCAUAGCGUGUGUGUUGAACAGUGAAAAGGGUGGAGAAAAAUUUUAUUUUGCCAUAUUAAAAAAUUAUGGAAAAGGUGGACAUAGAUGUCCCUAAAGAUGGUCAGGCAAUCAACGAUUACCGUUUAGCAAAUGGUGCUGAAAAUAAAUUGGAAAAUUUGCAACAAAAUGAAUCAUCUUCAGCCGAUUCUAAUGCUAGUAUGGAAACAAGGGAUGCCGAUUCCAUUAACAUGUCUGGUGCCUCACCCAAAUUGCCAUUAACAGAAAACGAAGCCGAUUCCAAUUUGCCACAAAAUGGCAGUAACUCAAAUGAUGAUAAGCACACUCCCGGAGAUAGCAUGUAUUUCUACGAGGAUGAAGUAUUUCGCAUUGAUAAGAAAGGGCGUGUUAAGUUUGGUUUUAUUGUGGAAACAGUUAAUCACGAAGAGGAUUUUGAGGAGAUACUAGCUAAGGGAGAGGUGAGGGUCGUAUGGUAUCCCGAAGGAGACGAUAAAAUUCAUGAUGAAAAUUCGAUUGGUUUAGCCGAUCGAUCUCUAAUGCCUGGAGAUGUAGUGAGACGUCUGGUACGCGACAAAGAAACGCAAAGAGGUUACUGCCGCGAUAUUAAUAUGAGAGCUGAUGUCAAAGUAUUGGGCACAAAAUAUGUUGUAAAAAAUGUAAAUGCUGAAAGAUUGAAGGUGGUAACCAGAUGGGAAAGAGAUAGUGCGGUAUAUUUGAAUUCAUGGGUUGGUAGCAUUAAAGAUGUUGAAAAGAAAGCCAUAAUAAGAGCGAUGAAUGGUUGCCGCAUUGAGAUAUCAUCAAAUGAUUUUUACCUAUUCGGAGACUCGGAAAGAUAUAAGCGUGAAAUAUUUGCUCCAGCCUUUUAUCCGGGCAACACCAUAGUAGGUAGUCUACCUCCAAUAGAAAAUAUGAAAAUAUUAACACCUGAAAUACCAUUGAGUAAGAAUAAGAAGGGCAAACUCCUACCCAGAAAGUUCACCGUCGAAAGUGUCUACACUGACUCCGUUUGGGUACAUUGGCAGUGUAAGGCUCUAUCGGAUGAGGCAAAUCUUCAGUCGGUCGCCGUGCAUCCACAUCCCUGUGUGAGUGGUGAGGAUUUGAAAAAUUUAAAACGUUUGAAUCUAUUCGAGUCAUGUAUGCUGCAAAUCAACGAUCAGUGUUACUUGACAUAUUCUUCCUGUGAUACCAUUAUGAAGAAAUCUGAUUGGGAUAAUGAGCAGGCUGCAAAAUUCAAAUUGAUUCUUCAACAACAAAGGGAGGAAAAUCAAAAAAUUUUCCUUAAUCCGCCAACACUGAAUGGGCCCGCUGCUGGUGCUUCGGCUGGUGGCCUACAUCAGCAUUACGAAAAGUUUAAGAAAAAACUCAGUUUAGGCUUCGAUGAAAAAGCCUCAAUUAAACUAAAACGAAGUUUAUUCAAAAGUGAUAAAUUUGGCAACAGCCAUUCCAAUAAAGAUUCCCUAACGAAUGGUAAGGAAACAUCACCCUCGCAUAAGGCGGAUGAUAAUGAAUGGAUUUCCUUGGAUGAGGACGAUGGCGACGAUGAUGAUGACGAAGGGGAUGAUUUUGAUGCCGAAGAAGGCCUUAAACCAUAUAGUCUCACUGAUGAUGCUAUUAGUACUACCACCACUUUGUCAACAUGUUCAAGUCCCUCGCGCACUAGCCCCAUACAUUUAACAAAACGCCAACUAAAGAAAAAGGCUCGCAAACACUUUAAAAAACCAUUUUUGUUUGAAACUAAAAAAGAUUUUACACCCAAAGAAGGCGAAGAAUUGGUUACUGAAGCUCUUCUCGUAUACAGCACUGCAACAGUGGUGUGGCAAGAUGGUACCAUAGAAACUGAUAUACCCUCAACCGAAUUGUAUCCUAUUCAUUACAUAGAUAAUCAUGAAUUCUUUCCUGGAGAUUUUGUUAUAUCGGGAUCGGAGGAAUCGGAUGUCAGUUAUCGCGACUAUGGCGUCAUUCAAACGGUCGAUCAUGAGGGGAGAAUUGCUCAUGUUAAAUGGUUUACAACAUAUACCUCGGCAGAUGAACCCAAGCCUUCGCCCAAAGGCGAAUCAGAGGUGAGCGUUUAUGACCUAAAGGAUCAUCCUGAUUUUCAGUAUCGACCUGGUACUAUGGUCAUACGUGUGGCUAAUUUCGUUGGUGACGAUGCCAAGUGCACAGCUGGCCAAAUUAUUGAUAACUACAUAGAUGGUCGUGUUAAAGUUUGGUGGGUUGAUGGUCACAUUAGUAUGUGUUGGCCUCAAGAUCUUUUUGAAGUGGGUCAAUAUGAUCACGGUGACUUGGGACAUGAAUCCGAAGACUCAUGGGAAACAGAGUCGGAAAAUAGUGAAUAUGGUGGUGGUGUUGCUGGUAGCAGUUUAAAAUUGUCCAUGUCAGAAUCUCAUGUGUUAUCCAAUAUUGAGAAAGCUCGUGUGGCCGUAGCACGACUAGAAGAGAUCUUCAAUUUAAGUCCAAAUUUACAAAAUCCUGAGGUUAUGAGAAAGCUUUUAGCUGUCUAUAAAGGUUGUCGCUAUUUGGAUCGUUUGUUGAAUACCAACUUCUUUCAUGAAGAAAAUUUUAUGGGCCUUAUCGAACGUGUUCGUCGUGGCGGCAAUCAAUCUCUAUGUGAUCGUGCUCAGGAUCAAAAAAAUCGAUUAUUCAAUGAUGUACCAACAAUUGCCACCACGCCUAGUCCCAAUCAAAGCCAACAAAAGCAAAAUUAUCAAUACUAUAGUGCCAUUGUGGCUGUGAAUAGCUGGGAUCAAAAGCCUUCGCUGCAAACAACGCAACAAAUGCAAACCUUUACUGGUAUACCUUCCAAAGAAUAUGCGCCCAAAGUACUUUUCAAUAUAUCUUCCACGCCCUUCAAAUGUGCCAGCAGUAAUCACAUGACGAAUUCUUCUGGUCCACAAACUACACCGUCGAGCACUGUAAAGAGACGCUGCUCGUUGGUUGCGGCUGCCCGAGAGCCGGCCCAGAAAAAGGGGGACAAUGUGCCAACAGAAAAUAAAUCCGAACCUGACUGUGAUCACCAAAAAACUGUCGAAGCUGCUGCAGUGAAUGUGGUAGUGCCGCAAUUUGAAAUUUCCCCCAGUAAAAACAAACAAUAUAACGCCGAAAAGAAUCUACUCCUAAAUUCAGCCAUGCUUAACAUUGAGAAGGCUUUCGAGAAGACCAGUCAGUUGAAAACCUUCGCCGAUUGCGGCGUUGUUAAUGCCAUCAAUAACACUUCCGUUUCUCAAGAUGACUCGGGCAAUUACUCUCGCAAUGAUAACUGUGAUGGCAGUUCGACAAGCUGUACAAGUUCCUCAGAUCUAACGAAUAUCGAUACGAACAACUCCAUAACAAAAGUGAAUGAUAAUCAGAAGUCUAUAUCCUGCAGUAGCAUAGAAUUACCUGAAGACAUUGCUCCUGAAUUGGUUUGCUUGCGUUUAUGCUCUCUGCUGAAAGAUCAAUUGGUUAAAUGCCUCGACGAGAUACGCGAGAAAUACUAUAAGGAUGAUCAGAUCAAUUUGAGCGAAGUUUAUGACAUCGACCAAAUGGAGGAUGAGACUCUGGAAACUGUAAUAGAUUUUGAAAAUAUGCAAGAUUCAAAUAACCUAGAGACUGUUAAAGAUACCAAAGAUAAUGGGGUGGAAAACCCCAACUAUAAUGAUGGAGACGAUGUAAAAAUGGACUCGGCAUCUACAAACGGUCCUGUUGAAACAACUUCUGUGGCGGCGGAGAAUGCAACAAACAUGGUUGAGGCUGGUCUUCAUGCAGUGGUUGAUGCAAGUGCCGAAUGUUUCCAAGUUCUAACUGCAGCCCCAAAAACACAUAAAUUCCAUUUGACAAUCUUUCACCCAAAUAACACGCAACAAUACUACAAGGCUGUGCAGAGGGAGCAUAGAAUGUUGAGAAAUUCUCUUCCACCGGGUGUGUGGGUUAGAAUUUUCGAAGAUCGUAUGGAUUUGCUGAGUGUAAUGAUAGAAGGCCCCAAAAAUACUCCCUAUGAAGACGGUCUGUUCUUCUUCGAUAUACAGUUGGGGCGAGAUUAUCCUAAAGAUCCACCACUGUGUCAUUACAUCAGCUACUGUUCGGAUAGACUCAAUCCCAAUCUCUAUGAAGAUGGCAAAGUUUGUGUAUCCCUUUUGAACACCUGGACAGGCAAAGAAAGUGAAGUGUGGGGUCCCAAGAGCACUUUGCUGCAAGUGAUAGUUUCCAUACAAGGUCUCAUUUUGGUACCAGAACCCUAUUUCAACGAAGCUGGCUAUGACAGGCAAAAAGACACUCAACAAGGCAGGGAAAAUUCUCGGAUGUAUAAUGAAAUGGUUAUGAUCAAAAUGGUACAGGCUACCACUAAGCUGAUACAAAAUCCUCCCGACCUAUUUCGUAAUGAAAUUAUAAUUCAUUUUAAGAAAAAUGGAAUGUCUAUGUAUGAGCGCAUCAAGGGAUGGAUGGAACUGUCAAAGGAAAGUCAUAAACGUCUUUUGGAAAAUAACACUAAAGAGGGAGGAGGAGGAGGAACUUGUCGCCUUAGUGCCCAUAACCCCAGUCAUGAAUCUCAAGAUUGCAACUCUAAAUCUUCGAAAAUGGCAUAUAAUAUGCCAGAUUUUCCUCUGGUUCCAGCGAGUCGGGGAUUUUGUUUGAGCUUAGCCGGCUUAUUGGAAGGUUUCAAAAAGAAAUUGACCUCCAGUAUUGAAAACGUGGUACUUGUCGAUGCUACGGAAAAUCCAUUAGGAGAAUAGUCACAAAUUUAUUUAAUUAUUUUUUAUAAACAAAAAGUAUAGUUGAAUUAAUAAAUUAUAGGCCUUCUUUAAAUUAUUACUUUGGUGCUAAAAGCCUCUCUAAAAAAUCCAGGCACCAAAAAUUGUCUUUAAACCAAUGUUCGAAUUCUUACUUACCAAAAAUCUUUAAUCUUUAAACUAUUCAUAGAGAUAUUUUUAAUAAAUUUAUGAAAUCUUAUGGUAUAUAAAUUAAAUAUGGUAUUAAACAAGUAAUACUCAUUAUAAAACGAAUAUAAAGAGAAUCUCCUUUUUAUUCUUAAAAAAAUGUUAUAUGUUGCCUUCGAAACAAAUAGUUUUGUUGCGUAAUGUAAAAAAGAAGUUUAACAACAUACUUUAUGAAUAUUUUUAAAAUUGCCUCGAAUAAUUAUCCAUAUGCAAAUUAAAACAAAAACCCAUAACAUGCUUUUUUGUAACAUGUAAAAGAAAAAAAUGUCACAUAAGUUUUUAAUAAAAUACUUUUCGUAUAUCGUUUGCGUCCAUCUACACUACAUAGAUACAUAUAGAAAAAAAAUACAAACAUGCAAACACGUGUCUAAAGAUAUAAGCCUUGUAAAAUUACACGUACAUUCACGUUCAGAACAGUAUUAUAUAUUUAUUUUAAUUUAAAAUUGUUUACAAAACACAAGUACAUUUCCAUUAAUUUAUAUUUUAAAUGUUUACAAAACAUAUACACACCAAAAUAUUUUUAAAUACAUCUUUUUCAUUCUUGUUUUGUUAAUAGUUAGAAUACACAUGUCCCUGUAUAUUUUGUUCUCAAGUUU